GUGAUGACUUUUCCAUCAGCCUGAGCUUUACUUUGAUGCUGCUUAUCAGUAAUGUGUUAGACAAGCAGUCACUAUGCGGAUCAAUGCGAGCAAGAAAUGAGCUUUUACACAGUGUUUAGUGUAAUGAUGUCGCCUGUUAACAGACUGAAUUUGACUUAAUGCCACUAAGUGCUGGGAUUAAUUUGUUUUCAGUGUUGAACACUCAGAAGUGGAAUAGCUUUAAAGGAAAAUAACUGUCUAAUUAAAAAGGUUCUGUUUUCUCCCUUCAGACCUACACUCACUAUGACGCAGAGGAACCUGACCGGAGGCUGUAAUGUGAACUGCGGCUGUAAAAUCCACGAGUACGCUCCGGUCUGCGGCUCUGAUGGCAUCACAUAUUUUAACCCCUGCCUAGCUGGCUGUGGCAGCGUGGCCAACGACAGCACUGGGAUCCGAAACUACUCCGACUGCGCCUGCGUUCAGAGCCGGCAGGUCAUCACGCCGUCGACUGGCAGUCAGGGCAGCAACCAGCUGCAGCUCGUCAUCGUCAAGACCUACCUGAACGAGAACGGCUACGCCGUAUCGGGGAAGUGCGACCGCACCUGCAAUACGCUCAUCCCCUUCCUCAUCUUUCUCUUCAUCGUCACGCUCAUCACUGCUUGCGCUCAGCCCUCCGCCAUCAUUGUCACCCUCAGGUCUGUAGCGGAGCAGGAGCGGCCGUUCGCUCUGGGAAUGCAGUUUGUCCUCCUCAGGACUCUCGCCUACAUCCCGACUCCCAUUUAUUUCGGGGCCGUCAUCGACACCACCUGCAUGUUGUGGCAGCAGGACUGCGGCGUCCACGGCUCCUGCUGGGAGUACGACGUCACUUCUCUGCGCUUCGUGUACUUCGGCCUCGCUGCUAGCCUCAAGUUCCUUGGCUUCUUCUUCAUCUUCCUCACCUGGUACUCCAUUAAGUACAAAGAGGAGCGGGUAGAGCGCUGGCUCAAGCGCCACCUGUCGCCCGUCGACACCGUGGGCAGCCUCGUCUGCCACCCCGGCGGCCACAAGGGCCACGCCCGCACCCGAUCCUGUCCCGUAAAUAUCCCUCGAACCGACCCCAACGCUCUGCCUGCUAAUGCACCGCCGCGCCCGGCACCCUGA